CAUCACUAUGUUUGACAACAACAUUCGUCGAACGCUGACGACGUCACAGAGAGGGGACGUUCCUACUAGCCUGUAGCUACAACGUGAGGAUAUCAACACCAGCCAUCAGCUCAUCUAAGAGGUAACAUGGGGAAGAAUAAACAAAAGGGGAAAAAACAAAAGAACGUCUUUCAAGUGGCAAACAAGCACCAGAAGCACAAGAACAAAGCGAAACCUGUCACGACAACGCUCAAACACAUCAAUGCCUUGAAAAAUGAGAAGGUGGAGAACCUCAAUCAAAUCUUCACAGAGGUCCAGAGGGACGUUAAGAGCAUUUCAAAGUCUGUUGCACCCGAACCAAAGAAACAAACACAGGUUGUCAGAGAGCCACCAAAAGAAUCUGUAAACGUGGAUAAUGCUGCUCAGCUCUUCUCUCAGCUAUAAUGGACUAUGAAAAUGGGACUGUCAUAACUGUACACGUCUCUCCAUGUUGGACAUAUGAAAUAACAAAGUCAGUUUACUUCCAAUGCAGGACUGCAGAUAAGCUGUAAAUUAAAAGGUUAUUGUACAAAAGUUAAGCAUUCUGUAUAUUCAAUGCAAAGAUGGACUUGUGCUCUGUGUCAACUGCGAUAUUGUUUCAGCAACAAAGGACAUUUUUUAUUUUUAUUAAUGAAUAUUCUUUUGUGUAGAAAUGUUUGCUUUCUCUUGGCUUCAUCUAAUCAUUAUUUUCCUUAUCGAUUUAUCUGCUUAUUAGAUUAAUUGGCAACUUGUUUUGUUUAUAAAAUAUCAGAAAAUGGUGAAAAAAUGCCCUUUAUAAUAAACGACCAACAGUCCAAAACAAAAUAAUGUUCUGUUAUUUAUCAUAAAUAACAAAGAACAUCUGCAAAACUUCACAUUUGAGCAAAUGGAAGCAGAUAAUAUUUGGCAUUUUUGCUUGAAAAAUGUCUGAAAUGAUUCAUCCAUUAACAAAAUAGUUCAACUUGUUUUAGCUCUACUUUCUCUACUAAACAGUGUUGUUGUUCGUCAUCUUGAAUCUGGAUGCAAUUAAAGGCAACUUUUCAAAGGAAUU